CUUCAUGGUCUUUAAGUAUCAUGCUGUUCCCGUCGAUGCCAAGUUUCGUCUUUUCUCUCCCAAUUCAAUUCCGUGCUAUACAUUUUUCUUUGGGAUCUUCAUUUCCUCGUUUUCUCUUCUCUUCACUUUUGUAAACAUAAUCUUCUCCAGGCUAGUCCUACCAGCGCGAGUCGCUUAUUACGAUCACUUAAACGACAUUUUCUUCUUCAGAAGUCAGGAAACAACCAUUUAAACCGCCAAAAUGCAAUUCACUACUGCUGCUCUCCUUACUCUCUUGGGUGCCGUCUCCGCCCAGAAGGUUCACGUUGUCUCGGUCGGUUCCACGAACGGUACUCUCGCUUUCAGCCCGGACAGUGUUACGGCGGAUGUGGGUGAUAUGCUUCAAUUCCAAUUCCGAGGCGGCAACCACAGUGUAGCUCAGUCCAACUUCGACAACCCGUGCUCUCCCAUCGCCGACCACACCAACACGACUGGUAUCUUCUCCGGUUACCAACCCGUGGCAGCCAGCCAGGCUAUGGGCAUGAUCCCUACCUACACCGUCAUGGUUGCGGCCAAGACUCCUCUAUGGUUCUACUGCUCCCAGGCUAAGCACUGCCAGGCCGGCAUGGUGAUGGUUGUUAACGAGAACACUGCUGCCAACUCUUCGCGAAGCUUGGCGAAUUUCAAGGCCCUUGCCAAGGUCCAGACCGCCAACGUCGCUCCCUCGACUGCUGCCGGUGGCUCUGCUAGCACUAACACCACUUCCGGUAGCACCAGUGGCACCGACUCUAGUUCCGGCUCCACCACCAGCAGCGGAUCCGACUCUACCACAAGCGGAUCUGCAGCUAGCGCUGCUAGCUCUGCCGUCGCCACAGGCGCCGCCACCACGAUCGGUGUCUCGAGCUCUAUGGGUCUCCUUGGUGUGGUUGCUGCCAUGCUCAUGCUAUGAUCGGACCGCAUCGAGAAUAAGAUAAUCAGAGACUUGUUUACAGUCUUCGGAUGU